AUGUCGACUGGAAACGUGAAUCUUCUGCCUAACGGGUUACCAAUCUCAGACCCUCUCAACCCCCUUGGCGCAUCGCCUUUCACGGCGACAAACGCUUUCGCGGGCGAGUUUCUAGGCCUUCCGAUGCCUGACGAGGAACAAUUGUGGGGCCUUAGCCCCAUCUCACCAACCCUAGGCACCGGCGGAUGGGACGCCAAAGCCGAUGCAGCCUUCGCCAGCUCAGCAUUGGAACGGGAUCUCAAAAAUGCCCAGGUCCGCAAUGGUCAGCCUACCCCGCCGCCAUAUGAGGAUCAGUAUUCGCGCGGAUCUGCCGGUCUAGAUCUAGGUAGCGCGAGCAAACGGCGCCGAGCCCGGGAGUACCAGACCGCAACGGAUAGUCUUAGCCCGGACCUGGAUCUGGACGAUGCAUCGCCCUACCACGAGCGAGCUAAGCGGGCGAAAUUUCUCGAGCGAAAUAGACUGGCUGCGAGUAAAUGUCGACAGAAGAAAAAGGAACACACGCAGAUCCUGGAAGUUCGAUACAAAGAGCAAUCGGAGAAGCGGGAACGAUUGGUCGGCGAGAUAGCACGACUGCGCUCGGAGAUCCUGUGCUUGAAAAAUGAGGUUCUGAAACAUGCACAGUGUGACGAUGAGCCUAUUAAACUCCAUCUUGCGCAAAUGGUGAAGAAGAUUACUGAUAUCGAUGGUCCGGCGCCUGUUCCUUCUGCGGGUGCUGUUGCGAACUCGCAUGUUGAUAUCAUGGAGACUGCGCCUUCGCCUCUUGCUCCCACUCCGACACCUACUUUGGGUCGAUCUGCGGCUGUGUCUCAGACCCCUGCUGCACCGUCGGCGUUAUCGUUUGGGUUUGAUGAUCCGCUACAAUUGGAGCCGGCUGCUGCGGCUGCGGCUGAAGCGUUCGAACAACAACUUCGGAGAGAUUCUGAGACCUCCUUGGUUACUGAGUCUUCAUACGGCUUUUCAGCCGACGAUACUUUUGACGAUUUGAUCAACGUUUGA